GUCUGUACAGAUGAUGACGUCAUCCAAGAUGGCAACUUACGAUGACCAACGAAGGAAUCGAAGAUGACUAAGUUUUGAUCAUCAUUUGAAAGGAAUUAGCGGUAACUGCGGUAUAAGUCUAUGUAUUGGUGAGUUGAGCCAACGCGGUUCAGCUGAACAACCAAAAUACAGAGACUGAAGCUUUUGGUCUAGCGUUCUAUGAGAAACACACAACUAACUACCGUCAGUUUUUCAAACCUAAUUGACUUCAAAGUCAUCGAUCACAACAAGGUCCUCUUACUGAAGUGAAUCUUCCUAUAGAUACAUUCACCAAGAAGAUCAAAGGCUUUGCUUUCAUUACUUACAUGAUGCCAGAACAUGCUGUCAAAGCUUAUACAGAACUAGAUGGAACCAGCUUUCAGGGUCGGAUGCUUCACAUCUUACCAGGGAAGGAGAAGAAGAUGGAGGAAGAGACGCACAAAGAAGGUUCUUCUUUCAAAAAUAAAAAAGCAGCAAAAACCAAAGCACAGAGUGGAAGUUCACACAACUGGAAUACUUUAUUCAUCUCUUCAAAUGCCGUAGCUGAUGUCAUGGCAGCCAAAUAUCAGACUUCAAAAAGUGAUGUCUUAGAUACUGAAUCUAGUAGAAGUCUUGGGGUGCGUAUGGCCCUUGGGGAGACACAGAUUGUAGCUGAAACAAGACAAUUUCUCUUAGAAAAUGGGGUUGCAUUAGACUCUUUCAGCCAGGCUGCUGCGGCAAGAAGUAAAUCAGUAUUCCUUGUGAAGAAUCUUCCAGCAAGUACUACACCUGAUGAGCUUAGAGAGGCAUUCGGACAGCAUGGCAUGCUGGGAAGGGUACUACUGCCCCCUGCAGGGGUGACGGCCAUCGUCGAGUUCUUAGAACCAUCAGAAGCCAAAGCUGCUUUCUACAAACUGGCUUAUACUAAGUUCAAGCAUGUUCCACUGUACUUGGAAUGGGCUCCUAUGGACGUGUUUGGAACAUCUACAAAAAGCUUUGAGAAGGAUACAAGUGUUGAAGAAACAAAGGAGGAGAAGAAAGAAGAGAAGGAAGAAGAUAAGAAAGGGGAAGCUCAGGAUGAAUCAGAAUCUGAUGAAGAUUAUCAAGUUCAAGAAGGCAGUGUACUCUUUGUCAAGAAUCUGAACUUUAGCACCGAUGAAAGUAUACUUAAAAAGGUAUUUAAGAAGUGUGGUUCUAUCAGGAAUGUGACAAUUGCAAGAAAGAAGGAUACAAAGAACCAAGGGCAGCUGCUAUCCAUGGGAUAUGGCUUCAUUGAGUUUGAGAAACCAGAAUGGGCCCAGAAAGCACUCAAAGAAUACCAACAUGUAGAGGUGGAAAGUCAUAAACUUGAUCUUAAAAUAUCAAACAGAGCUACUGUCCAAACUCAACAGACUUCAUCCAGGAAGAAACAGAAAACCAAGAAGCAAACAUCGACCAAGAUUCUUGUCCGUAACAUUCCAUUUGAAGCAUCAUCAAAGGAAAUAAGGGAACUCUUCAUAACAUUUAGUGAAGUAAAGACAGUCCGCUUGCCCAAGAAGAUGAGUGGGACUGGAUCUCAUCGAGGCUUUGGCUUUGUGGAUUUCCUUUCAAAACAAGAUGCAAAGAGAGCGUUUGACUCCUUAUGUCAUAGCAGUCAUUUAUAUGGGAGACGCCUUGUCUUAGAAUGGGCAGAGAGUGAGCAAUCAAUUGAUCAACUCAGAAAGAAGACUGCCGAUCACUUCUCAGAUGGUUCAAGCAGUAAGAAGCUGAAGAAAUCAGACCUGAUGGAUCAUCUGACAUUAUCAACAGUUGAAUAGCACUCCCACAAUUCCCUUCCCUUCCUGUAUGUAGAUUAGGGGUAAGGUUCAACCUCAAUGUAAUGCAUGCUUUGUAUACGUCAAUGGGUUUAUUAUUAUUAUAACAUUCACACAGGGGUUCAGAGAGACAAAAGUUGGUUAGCUUUCAGGGCUUGAAGAUUGAAGACAUUAAGUUUCACAUCAUUUUUCUCUGUUAGCAUAGAUGUUAUCAGUGGUCGGCCUGUUUAGAUACUAUAUCGAGUGAUGCUAUUAACAAAUGACUUUUUACUACUACUCUAAGAUACACCUUUUGCAAUGUAGUUGCUUUAAAAUUAAAUUUAGAUAAACUAUGCUCUGAUAAAUCAUGAAUUUAAUUUACUAUUUCAAGAUGUUUUGUCUGUCCUUGUGCAAUGUCUUCCGUUUGAUGUAUGAAGGGGGCCCAAUGUCUGGGCACCUAAAACUUAAGCUUAAGAUUAAAUAUUAAUUUAUGUUUUAUUCCACAAAAUUUUUCAGUUGAUAAUGUUCCUAUGUUCUUAUGAGUAAGUGUGCGAAAAAUUUGAGAGAAAUUUUAUUUUCUUGGGAAAAGUCUCUGCCAGUCAUUUUCAGAUUGAACAAAAAGAUGGUGCCCCAUGUCUGCACACCCAUUCACUUUUCACAUGAUUCGAGGCAUUGAUGAGAAAGGCUGCAUUUUGAGGCCGUCGCAUGAAAUGCCUGAAAUAUUUUCCACCAUUUUGAGUCUGAUUUUUUAUUGAAUAUCUGUCUAAGUAUUUCAGGUGUAAAGUAUGUGGUCAUUUCGUAUCUUCUUUAAUUACAACCACACAUAUACGCGUGUGCACAAACAAGGGGUGCUGCAUACACUUUCAGCACCUUACCAUAUUAAUUGUCUAAUAAUGUUUGUACCAAAUUGUCAUAAAUAUUCUCCAUUCAUCUCCAUUUUGCUUUAUUGAAGGUUUGUCAAGCACCGAGUUUGAGAUUCGAUGCAUAAUAAUCACCCUAGAUUGGUAAUAAGUAAAAAUGAUUAUUAUUGGAUAUAUUGACUGUGUUGGUUCUUGUAGUAGAACAAGAAUGAUGAAAGUAAAAAUAAAAGUUGAGAGCUUUUCUAAUAACUUCAAGAGAAAAGAGGCAGUUUUAUUAAAUCAUUCAUAUGUUCUUAAAGUAUAAAAUGAAAACAUACAAGAAGAACCUUUUAUGAUAGCUUUGUAGUGAGUAGAUAUAAUAUUUUUUUCUUACAUUCAUUUCAAUAUUUUAAUGCAUUCUUAUUUAAAAACAAAAUAUUUUCUGUCUUUAAUUUUUGACAAGGAGAGAAAAAGUCAUGGAGUUGUCUCAUAGAAGACUUUUGGAAGUUCAAAAUGUGUUCUCUAUUUUUGAUGAAUUGGGAAUUGAGCCGAGGCUGGCUUUCACUCCAUCCACCAUAGGUAGGGCCAGAGGAAUUAUAUUUCAAGUUGUCUCUCUGUCCAGUUUUUUUUUUUUUAAUAACUGAAGAACUAUUUGACAGAUUGACUUCAUAUUUGGAUCAUGUACGCCUCUAGGAGUGAAUGGAGUAGCCUUUGAGGUAUGGAGGUCAAACAUUCAAGGAAGGACACAGAGAUCAUUAUACACCUUAAAACGCUCUGUUCUUACAAUAACUCAAGAAACCUUUUGGAUUAACUUCAUAUUUGAAUCAUGUAUGUGUGUGGAGUUACAAUGACCUGAUAGGUUUUUAUGAAAUGGAGGUCAAAGUUUCAAGGUCACAGAGGUCAUUAUAUGCCUUAAAACGGUUCCAUAACAUGUGCUUUGCUGACAAUUUGCUCUGCUGUUAAUUCCAUUCACUAAUUGAAUGAUCAAAUUCAACCAAUGAAUAAGAUUGCAGCAGGAAUUGAACCUGUCAUUUGGUGGUCCCUUCACUAUUGUGCCAUAUAAUUACUGCUUUAUUCAUCUGAUUUUGUCACGACUUGGAAAUUCACACUCCUUCAUGGAUGAUAGAAUGCAAUGCUCCCCUCUAUUGGUAGGAAAUAGAAAGUUAUGAACAUAUCCAUAUGUGUAAAAACAUAUGCAUGAUUCAGUUUGUUUGCAUCAUGAAAUUGAUGGCAUGCUACCCUCUAGUGGGAAGAUAUAUUUAGUUAUGAAUUCUGUGGGGGGGGGGGGGGGGUUCUCACUGAAAGAGAUAUUUUCCUUCUAAAAAAUUUCAUUUUGUAUUAUUUAAUAAAUAUAUUCUAAAUACCUGCAUAAUAUUAAAUUCAUAUACCUAUGCAUAUUUAAAUGUCAAAAUCUAUGAUAAUUUUUUUAUAUAUUGUAUUCCCAUUAAAAAAAAACAAUUUAUCAAAGUA